GACGUGCCAACCGCAUCUGGCUUCGGUAACAUCCAACGGUCCACCAAAAUAGGUCGCCACUGGACACAGGGUUGUUGGCAGCACGGGACAGACAAGGACCAGGCUAGCCAGGAUCAGGAUCAGUAUCAGGGCACCCACGCACGAGGCCAGCGCCAGUUGCAGAUCCCGCAGCUUGGUGUUGGGCUCGGUCAAGGAGGGAGACAAGCGUCCGGCACGGAUAGUCCCAGGGAAGAAUCAGCCAUCACGUUGACAGCCCAGCCUGAAGAGGAAAAUUCCUCAUCAAUAGACGAGGUUUUGGCAGAGUCUACGUCUUGUCUCGAACAGCCGGGAGACCCCAGCUUAUACUAUCUUGGCUUACUGCAAAAUCAGAACCAGCUCCACCACAAAAAUCACAACGCCCAACAGCAUCAGGGUUUUGUGAGCGACGACCCAUCAAUAUCAACAAGUCAUCAGCAACCUCAGCCUUCCGGGUUUGGUUAUCAGCAUCAGCAGAACCAAUCUCCUGCAUGCUCAUCGCCACCAUUCUCAUUUUCUUUCCCCCCUCCAGCACCACCAUCAUCAGCACCAGCAACAUCUGUCUUUGGACUGGCCCCUCCUCCUCCUCUGCCUUCUCCUGCAUCUCCACCAAGACCACCGCCGAGGCGACGCUUCCAGCCAACUACGUCUCGCCGUCAGCAAAACCUGUCCCACUGCCGGUCAAAUUCCAAUUUGAGCUCCAACUCCAGCGUCAGCACUGGUGCCAGCAGACGUCUUCUGGCCUCGCGGUCUCCUGCAAGUCACUCUGCCAGUGGAAAAUCCCCUCGUCAGCGCCUAGCAUCAGCACCACCAUUACCACAGCCAAUAGACAGUGCAGACCCACAGGAUACGCCCACCGCCCACCACCGCCAUUCGCCUUUUCUUCCUCCUCAUCCUCACCUGCCCGCUUCUUCUCUUUCUGCCUGUUCUACCCUCUCAGCUCUCUCCACGUCGUCUCCCUCCUCCCCCAUUUCCGGCUCUAUCUCCUCUUCUCCCGCACUUCUGUCGACUUUCUCUUCUAUCUCUUCUUCUUCUUCAUCUCAUCUUACCUCUUCGUCGGCCAUAUCCUCCCCACACAUCAACAACAUGUCGAGAACAUCCCGGAACGCUGCCCCUACCACUUCUGGUGCGGGUCGACAAAACGAAUACUUCGUCCCUCGCGACGGCAUCGACCGUGAAGUCAUCUCCGCCGACAUCUGCCGCUAUCUGGGCAACGAUGCCCUCGUGCGUCCCGGUCAUUACGAGAACCCUCAGACAGGCCAAGCCGUGCAAGGCUACUACAUCACCGCUUACAGGAAUCUUACAACUGCUAUGAUUGAGGAUCUAAAAGCAGACUCUGCUCGAUGGGAUAGUGAAAGGCGUGCGCAGACGUCGCGCAAUACCUCUGGAGGUACUAUUGCCUCGAGAAACGUUGGCGUACCGCCGAGACACUCAUCUAACUCACCUGUAGUGCAAUACCGCUACUCGGAGACGCACCAGUCGCGUCAGCACCACGGUCCUACCGAGGGCCCUUAUCAGACCGACACAUACGCUCGUGACCCUGGCUUUGAUGGCCCUAGAUACCCAGGAACGGGUGCUCCCGGUUACACUGGAGCCGCUGGCUCAUACGGCCAGUCCUACGGUGCCUCAAGUAGUGGUGCGUUUGCCGGUUAUGCCCAAACCCAGCAAUCUCCUCCCCCGGCGGAUACAAGGUUCAGCUCUACUACCGCGGCCACCAUGGAUCCAUCCUACCAGGCUUCCCAGAGCCCCUACGUGGCCGUUGGAACAAACCAACGUCCCAGAGGCGGAUACGACCCUUACGCUAACCAGAUGGCCACAUCAUCAGCUGCUGCACAGCAGGCCUAUGCCACUGCUGCUCCCACGCAACAAGGCUAUACAGCCACUGCUUACCCAUAUUCAGGUCAGGCUCCUCCUGCGGGCUACGCGAUGCAGCCACAGGAUCCCUUCUACGGUCGUGGUGCGUAUAGCGGAGGCAACACUCGCACGGCGGGUUUCCACAUGGUCGAAUUACUAACACUCAAGGGUUUAGCAGGUCAAUCAACAGCACAAGGAUAUACUCAGGGCACACAGUAUGGAAGAAACCCCCCGUACUCGCGCUUCCGCGACACCAACAAAUGCUCAAACAAAUCCCAGUGGUACCUCCAGCACCCGACGUAGUGAGCGAGAGAGCGACAGGCACAGCACAGACCGACACCACCGAUCGAGCCGCCGGUAAAAGGUGUGUUUCCUGGAGGACCAAGGCCGGAUCUUUGUGCCCUUCCUUUUCCUGUCUGAACUUGACGAGGCAAUCCGACCUCCUCGCGAGUGUGAUGAUUUCUGCAUAAUGACCGGGUUACAUGGAGUACGGCUUAUUUUCCUUGGAUCGACCAUUUCAUCCUUUUCUGUUUCUUCCGGAUAUGAUCCCUUUCAGAGGUUUCAGAUUUCUUUUCUCUGGCUGGUGCCGCCACCGAGUUGCAAGUUUGCAUCUCAAUAGGAGCUUCCUACUGGAAAGGUAUCAAAUUCCACCCUCUUGACGCUGAUUCCGUCUUCCACGAACCUGGAUCUCCCUUGGAGUCGAUAAUACCCCUGGAUGUACCGUGCCAACUGUUAUUGCUACCGAUGAUGCCCUGGAUACACGAACUGGACCUUACGAGACGCAUACCUGGGUGUCUUUUUUCUUUACUCUUUUUAUGACGACAUUGCAUUGUGGAUGGGCCUUCCCUGGAUUGACGACCUCAUCGACUAUACACCAUUAUUUGCCUUACGGAUGAGACCAUGCUGCAUACGUUUUACACUGGGACACGGCGCUGAGUUUGGAAAAGGAAGGGGAGCCAUCCCUUACCAGGUGGAUCUGGGGUAUCUCGAUGUCAUGACCUUGCUGUCCGGACGCACUCUCAGGGGGAGUAUUCUGUUUUCCGUUCUUCCUGGAUCUGGCUGGUUCUUGCUCUCGACUCCAAUGUCUUUAGUUCCCGGAUUCUUCGGUGUUCACCAUCGUCGAGACGCGGUGUUUAUCGGAAUAAUAAUUGGCAGAGGCCGGCAUCCGGACAGCAAGGUGAGUUCGAAUGAGCUUGUAUAUAUUAGCCAACCCCUUUCAAAGGAAUUUCUGCUUCCCUUCUCUCCUUCCCCUCUUCCCAUUUCUUUCCACUUAGGGACUCUCCAUGGAUAUUUGUCUUGAUAUGAAUCGCAAAGACACUGACUCGCCAGACUUGACCCAAGCAGCUAGGUGCGCAAAUGAAUUCCCUGGAUUCAGAUACCUCUCACUGGACUUCCUGGACAUCUUGGACUCUGAUCAACCACCUGGCAAAUACCUUCCCACUUGGCCAAGGAAUGGACCCACUCCCCGAGGAUGUUUGCUUUUGCCUGGAUCUCUUCCUACUCAAGCAAUGUUUUGCUUUGGAUCCUAUGACCUGGACAACUUACCUCAGCCGAGGUUUGCUGAAUCGUCACUGACGAUAUCGGUACUCAUUUGCGUCUGCAAUGAGAUGCCUGGGACACAAAGAAACCAAACAAGUAUCUAAGCAUACCAUGCCAAAGGAGCCAAGGUAACAUGCAAACAAGGUGAUUCAAUGACUACGAAUCUGGAUUCAUUCUCGUUUCAUAUCACUGGACCGCAACUUGCUUCAUUACUGUCUGCGACAUGGGUCGCUUGUUGCCGUGGAUUCUACUGAAUCCAUUCCUGUUUGCAUCGCGGGCCGACUUCUUGAGUAACCUUUGGGAUGAGUCAACUUGCUUAAGCCUGGAUAUUUGCUACACCCUGCUGGCCACAUGGCACUUGUGAAGGUCGACAAUUUAGAGCAACCUGGCAUGUGGAUACCUUGAUCCUGGACUCGCUGCGUUGUAUAUGGAGUCAGUUAUCGGAACGACAUUUCGACCUAUCAAUUAAGCACAACGUGACUUCCGGAGCUGCACUUGCAUAUAUCACGACACGACUGGACUUUGACCAAAACUGGAGAACCGGAUCUUUUUUAUGCGAAUGAUUGUGUGCUUGGUGCUAUGAGAGGAAGCCUGGUUGGUAGCAUGGAUGGCGCAGUACGAGGAUGCACUGAGGGUUUAGACGGGUUGGCUCUAUGAUCUACUUUUCUGUUCUUUUUCUAAUCCUGGAUCCCGUGGACACAUCUUUUUGGGCCGUUCUGUUAUUUUGCGUCUGUCUCAUAUUCUAUGGUUGUUCAAUCUUGAUGGUGCUUUGGGACAGAUACAGGGAGUUUAUGAGUCUUGUUUCUUAUUCGCUUGGGGCGGAAUGAUUGGGAGAGUUGAAUCUCAUGAUUUAUUAUUGUUGCAAAAGUAUGUUGAAUGAAUACAAGAGUUGGCCACACCACUGUCAAUAUGUUUCUGUUUGCCGUACGUUCAAAUUCAGAAUCCCCUCGAGCAAAAACACGCGUCAAAUUCCAGCAUUUUAAGCAAUAACCAAAUUUCUUCGCUGCCUCAAAUAUCUGCAGCAGGGUCGGUGCCUCUGGCGUAUAUUAUUCACGGUCUACAGCCGGGCGGCUCCUUCGUCGGUAGGGAUGAUACGAGUAGAGUCGUUGGUGAGUGCAGUGAGAUGUGUGAUGGUGUCUUGGAGGUUGAUGGGCUCGGGAGGUAGGCUCUGAGGGAAGCGGCUGGAGGAGGCCGUCUCCAAGCAGAGUAUCAAUCACCGAGAGGACCCAAAGCUCGCAGCGGCCCGGUCUACCAGGAGCGUUGGCAGGCUCGUAAGGAUCGAAGGGUCUUGGGUGACUCUUGAUCAUAGCGCACGCAUUGUCGAGCUCUUGGGACGCAAUGGAGCCGACACAUCUGCUGUCAUGAAUGGUGCCGACCUGACCUAGAGUCUCGACGAUAUCCGAGACCAGAGUC